UAUAAAAUAUAGAAUUCUACAGUUUUUAGACAAAAAUAAUUUCUUCUCAAAAAAUCAAUUUGGAUUUUUAAAAGGUAAAUCAACUAAUGAUGGUUUAUUUCUUUUAAAUCAAUUUAUACAUGACAAAUUAGAUACUGACUCUAAGAUUCUAGGAUUGUUUCUAGAUGUUAAAAAAGCUUUUGAUAGUGUUAAUCAUAAGUUACUUUUAAAAAAACUUUAUUACUGUGGUUUAAGAGGUAAAAUGUAUGAUUUAUUAAAAUCCUACCUAUCUAAAAGAAUUCAAAUAGUUAAAUUAAAAAAUUCAGUAAGUACAUCACUUGAUGUAACGCAUAGUGUUCCUCAAGGCACUGUUCUUGGCCCUCUAUUAUUUAUUAUAUAUAUAAAUGGUCUUUUAAAUAUCAAUUAUAUAAUUUGGUAUGCAGACGGUACAGCGAUAUUAGUUCAUAGUAGUUGUUGCCGCCCUAAAGGCGAUAACUAUAAUAUCAAUUAUAAUUAAUGCACUGACCGGCUCCACACGCACAUACGCACACAACACACCUUAUUGUUUAUUUUUAUAUGUAAAUUGUGCCAUCUGUGAAUUAUUCAUUAUUAUAUAAGAGAUAAAUGCAGAUUGUACAAUUAUGCGAUACGGCCGGCGUGGAAGAUAAGCACGGCCGCCGCAGUCAUCCCUCACCUGUGUGAACGGCAAGCCGUGCCAUAAUUGCUCUUAUUACCAGGCGCGAAUCGCCACUUUUUAUUAUAGUUGUUUAGGCGUGAAUCGCCAGUUUUUUAUAUAUUAUUAUUGUAUCGUGGGCGUGAAUCGCCAUUUAUAUUAUCGUUCACUAUUGCCAGACGUCAAUUCCCACUUGUUUUUAUAUUAUUAUUAUUUGUCAGCGCAAGGUGCGCGUUUUAUUAUUGUCAUUAUUAUACAGCACAGGUAGUGGCUGGCCAGCAGAGCACCGGCAAAUUGUGAGUUUUUUAUUAUUUAUUAUUUUUCCCAGUUGAGUGUUGGGCCAAAAGGGCCAUAUAAAAAAGGUUAGAUUGUGAGUUGUUUAACCAUUAUUAUUGAGCAUUUAUCAUAUCUUAUUUAAUUCCUUAAACUCGUGUUGAUAUUUAUUUUAGUUUAAGCACACACAUGCAUACAUACACAUAUUAUACACACCCACCACACACUAGCAUUCGAUAGUCUUGCUCGGCGAACCCGUCCACUUCUAUCGAAUUGCAUACACAAUGUAUAUCAAUGUAUACACACAUAAACAGGUCGGUCGGUGUGUGAGAGCAUACAAAACAUUUGGUGACCGGGCAUCACGGCCUAUUAUUGUCCGUUCCCGGCCCUAACAGUAGUAGUACAGAGUCUUUAAAUAUAAAAGCAAACAAUGUUAUUAAAGAUUGUUUUGAUAAUAACUUAUUAGAAUUAAAUCUUGAUAAAUCUAAAUGUAUUCACUUUAAUAUUAACUCAGUAUAGUUAAUAGUCCAGAACUAAAUAUAUGCAUACAUUCAUUUAAAUUUCAAUCUGGUAUUUGUGAUAAUUGUGUUAUUCUAAAGAAUUCUAAUUAUUUUAAGUACUAAGGCCUCACCUUGGAUUGUAAAUUUAAAUGGAAUUACCAUAUUAAUAUUCUUACAAAUACUAUUCGAAAAAAUAUUUAUGUAUUUCAUGAUUUGAGACAUAUAUUUAAUACUGAUAUGAAACGUAUAAUUUAUUUAGCUUUAGUGCAAUCUAUUUUGUGUUAUGGUAUUGUGUUUUGGGGACAAGCGUAUGAGUAUAUUCAUUCUUUAAAGUUUAAAUAUUACUUUAAAUAAUGUAAUUCAAUUUAUAUUCAAUUUACCAAGGCUUACCAAUAAUGAAUUUGUAUACAAUGUUUUAAAUCUACUUAAUAUUAGAUGUUUAUAUAAUAAAAACUUAUUACUCACAUAUCAUAAUUUUAAAAAUAAUAUUGUUAAUAUUGAUCAUAUUUAUAAUACGCGUUAUAAAACUAAUAUUAAUCUAUAUGUUCCUCUAUACCAUAAACAGUUUGGCAUUAAAAGUGCUAUUUCAAUUGCAAUCAGAUUAUGUAGAAUACUUUAAAUAAAUAUAUGUAAUUUUAAAAAUGUAAAAGAAUUGAAAUUGUACUUAAAAAAUGUUGAUCUUUCACAAAUAGAUUUAUGAUUAUCUAUAAUUAACAUAUGAUGUAAUUAUGAAAAUUUUGUUUUAGAAAUAUAUAUGUAAAUUAUCAAUAAUUGAACUCAAUUAAAACUACCCAUCACAAGCUAUGCUUAUAGGGGAGUUGCAAAUCUUUGUAAUUUAUCUUAUAUAUACCUAUACUUUUGUACUGUCCUUUUUGAUUUGCGUAAUAUAUACUAUUAUUAUUAUUAUUAUUAUUACUUAAGGAUAACAGCCUACAAUAUGGAAGCAAGAAACAAUUAUAAAUAUGGAAUCAAAUCUACUUUAGCUCAAUGUUGGGCGAUAUCAGGAGUUUGGUUAUUGCAAACUGAACUCGGCAUACAAGUCAUAACAUCUACAAUAGUCAUAGGAGCCUUGGCAAACAAUACGUCUAUAAACGAAAAUGAAUUUUCUACUAUAACUAGUGAAGAAGCGUCUUGGUUCGGCAGUCUGGCAUAUUUAUUCACACCUCUGGGAACUGCUUUUUCUUCUCUUUUGCUAGACCGUCUUGGUCACAAGAAGUGUAUGAUACUGACAAACAUACCGUGUCUAGUAGCUCAGAUCAUAUUGUAUUUCGCCAAAAAUGUAGAAAUGCUGUACGCCAGCUCAAUCCUAAUGGCACUGAGCAUAGGGUUUCUAAACUCCCCGAGUCUUGGAUACACCAGUGAAGUGAGCGAGCCGAAACUAAGAGGCACCUUGACUUCUUCAAUAAACAUAUUUUACUAUAUGGGAACUAUAAUAUUGACUACUUUGUACAGUAUAACCAAGCAAUGGAGAUUAACAGUGAUAGUGUCCAUGGCGUUUCCAAUUUUGACCAUUAUUAUAUUAUUUAGGGUACCAGAUUCGCCGAUGUGGUUAUUGGCCAAGGGAAAACAUUCAAAAGCACAUCGAAAUCUCCGCAGAUUGAGAGGAAAAGCAUCGAAUGAAAAAUGUGAAAAUGAAUUUCAAGAAAUGGUUAAAUACAAUGUGCCCGUUAACAGUGACAAAUCGAUUCAUAAAAAAAAUACAAAUUCUUGGAAACAACUUUUGGAGCCUGAAGUACGAAAACCAUUUUUUUUAAUGAUGCUGUGUUUUUUCUUUAAAAAUUUGAUGUCUGGAUCACAGUUCUUUCCAUAUCUAGUAUCAAUAUUCAAUAAAUUUGGAGCACCUGCUAACGUCGAAUGGACAAUUUCUUUCAUGAUGGUUCUUUCUGCAAUAGGAAGUUUAAUGGCAGUUUUUCUAAUACGUAUAUUAGGCAAACGAUUUCUUGCGUUAUUUUCAGUAUCGGUUUGCUCCAUUUGCUAUAUAGCUAUUGGAUUAAUCGGUGUUUAUUGGACGAAUGCGAAACCAAUAACCUCUUGGAUAGUACUUAUACUUUUUCUUAUUAUUAUUUUAAUAUCAUCGGCUGGAAUAACGCCAAUCUCGUGGGCACUUGUCACUGAAAUAUUUCCUGCAAAGAGUAAGAACAUUGUAUGCAAUAUUAGUACAGCAUAUUUCUAUGUGAUGACCUUCUUCUUGACAAAAUAUUACCCAGAUUAUUCAAAUUUAGUGGAAUUUUAUAAUGUAUUUACUAUAAAUGGUAUAGUUGGUUUAUUUAGCUGUAUUUAUUUCUAUUUCUGUUUACCAGAAACUGAAAACAAAACCUUACAAGAAAUUUCCGAGUUUUUUUAAUAGAAUUUUACCCUCAGAUAUAAGUUUUUUUAUUAUUAACAAUAUCGCUGUGAGAUUUGGGCUAAUAAAGACCACUUCAGUAAAAUAUUUUUGCACACUUUAAA